AUGCAGGUCGCUACGAAGGACACCCCCAUCCAUCCCGUCCUUGGACCGGUUGAUCAACAACAACAGGAGUCGGGGCUGACGCAGCAACGAAAUCGACAGCAACAGCAACAACAAUAUCCCGACAAGUCAAAGUCACAGGUUAAAUUCAUUCGUCCGGCACAAAUGAGUUUGUUCGCGGAUAUCACUUGUUACCCGCCUCUAGGACAGGUGACGUAUGUUCGGAGAAUUCAAAAGGCGCGGUCUUCCGAGGCUGAUGAUACGCUACAUUUCACAGUUGUGCUAGAGUCGAGCAGCACUUUCCCAGAUCGACCAUGGGAAGCUCAGAUUUGGCAUAAUAUCAAGGCCGACAGUACUAGUGAAAGUACCAGUGAAAGUUCUGGUGAAAGUGGCAGUGAGUGGAAGGCGCUUCCGCUUCGGAAAUGUCCUUCUACAGUCGCACCGCUCCUGGCUGGGUGCGGCAAAGGCUACAAGUUCGAUCGUCAUGUCUUUGCAGAAAGUAUCAGUCUGCCCGCCUCGGGGGGCAGUGCUCAGUUUACUGUUCGAUUUCGAACAAGUCCCAAUGCGGAGUGGCAGUGGGCGAACCAGAAGCGUCAGGUCAAUGAUGGAGAGCUGGUCUGGGCUGCGCGAAAACCGAGGUUUGAUGAGAUUCCCUCCACAGAACCGUCGGCUACAUCUUCUCCCAAGGAUGAAUUUGGAAGAUAUUUCUCAGGCCUUUCCUCUGAGAUCGAAAUUGAAGCCCGAACCAGUGAAGCUCCCGGGUCCCUUCUUUGGAACCUGACCGGAAACGUGGAUGGGGCAAAAGAAGGACAAUCCGGAAUUGCAAAUGUUACUCUUGGAGUACCAGAGUCAGUAGUGAGGUAUUUCUCUCUAGUGCGUGUUUGGAGUCCUUGGCUUGCACCAAGGCAUGGCAAGCCAAAGUUCCGAUUGACAGAGUCUGCAAUUCUGUGCUCCUUUCUUCGGACGGAUGGUGAGCAUUUGGUUCUUCUCGCAGUUUCGGGAAUCGACAAUGUCCUUACCCUUUUUAAAUCUGGAGAGAAUGGGGAACUUCUCAUUGAAUCCAAGAGUGACAACCUGGAAUCAUCAAGAUUCUGUGUUCUUGCAGCCGCUGCAGCAGAUUUUGAGGUAGCCAUGAGCGCUGUGAUAUACGAAGCAAGGAAACUGGUCAGGCCACCUGGCUCUGAGGAGGCCCUCGAAAAGCCAGAAUCUCCCACUACCCCAGCAGGAGCAUCGCCUACGGGAGAUGAUGUUGUGCUGGUCGAGAAGGACCCUAAAAUACAGUGGUUGUCUGAGUGGUACGACGGUUUAACGUACUGUACCUGGAAUGGUCUGGGGCGGGAAUUAACAGAGGAAAGACUCAUUCAUGCCCUGGAUACCUUGAAAGCUCACGGGAUAAAUAUCGUCAAUCUCAUUAUCGACGACAAUUGGCAGACAUUGGAUCAUCCAGGCGAAAUACAGUUUCGGCGCGGUUGGAAGCAGUUUGAAGCGAAUCCAGAAGGCUUCCCUCGUGGACUCAAGGGCACUGUUGAAGCUAUUCGCAACAGCCAGCCAAGUAUUGAAUACAUUGCUGUCUGGCACGCUCUUUUGGGCUAUUGGGGAGGAAUAUCACCGGACGGAGAUCUCGCGACCCGGUAUAAAACAAAGCAAAUAACUGUUAAAGACGAGGUUGCCGGAGGGACAAUACUAGCUGUUGAUCCAGAGGAUGCCCACCGUUUCUAUGAUGAGUUCUACAGCUAUCUCACCUCUGUUGGCAUCGAUGCCGUCAAGACCGACGCUCAAUUUUUCCUUGAUCUGUUGGAAGAUCCAGAAGACCGCAGAAGAUUCACGGCAGCAUACCAGGAUGCUUGGGCUGUUGCUUCUUUAAGACAUUUUAGCGCUCGUUCUAUUUCAUGCAUGUCAAUGAUUCCUCAGGCCAUUUUCCAUUCGCAGUUGCCAAAUAACAAACCGAGUAUACUCCUGCGGAACUCAGACGACUUCUUCCCUGAUGUUACAGCAUCGCAUCCUUGGCAUGUAUUCUGUAAUGCUCAUAACUCCCUGCUUACCAGGUUUUUGAACGUUACGCCAGAUUGGGAUAUGUUCCAAACCAGUCAUCCUUACUCCUCUUUUCAUGCCGCCGCGCGAUGCGUGUCUGGAGGCCCGAUUUACAUCACUGACGAACCAGGAAAGCAUGACCUGGACAUAAUUAACCAGAUGACCGCGCCGACUACGCGUGGCAACACAGUAGUCCUCCGCCCAAGCGUUGUAGGCCGGACUCUCGACGUUUACCAUGAUUACAAUGAGGGCCACGUUCUACGAGUCGGCAGUUACACGGGUUGGGCAAAGACUGGCAGUGGGAUCAUCGGCCUCUUCAACAUUCACCCUUCCGAAGCCUCAUGCAUUGUCUCUCUCCUUGACUUCCCCGGUAUCCAUCCCGACUCGGAUGGCCGAUACAUCGUUCGUGCUCAUACCAGCGGUAAAAUCACGGAGCGUAUGCGACCAUCUGAUGAUAAUUCCCUCGUCUCUGUGCGCCUGGAGCAAAAGGGGUGGGAAAUCCUCACUGCAUACCCUACUCGCGCCUUCACCCUGAAGGGCAGUCGUGGGUGUAACCCCAAAGAUGGAAUGACGCACGUCGCAAUUCUGGGCCUCCUGGGGAAGAUGACUGGUGCCGCGGCAUUAGUGAGCUCGGAUAUCUUCCUUGUGGAGAAUGGGCGUCUUCGGUUCGACAUCAGCCUGAAGGCUCUUGGAACAUUGGGAAUAUAUUUCUCUGAUCUUCAGGAUCGGACUAUUGCAAAGAAUUUCAUGGUGAUGAUUUCUGGGAGGGCUGUACCUCGGAAGACUGUCUGGAAGGAAGGUGGUGAGGACGCGAAAGUCCUUGCUGUUGACGUACAGUCGGCAUGGAAAGCACUGGGUUUGAAGAAUGGAUGGAGCAACGAGAUUCUUGUGCAGGUUUUCGUGGGCUAGAUAAGAAUUGUAGAACAUCUAGACUGCAUAGAACGGCCAGCCAUCAUUAAUAGAUUAGGAUCACUAGUAAUAGCUUCACCUGUAGGUACGAGGAACUACCAAAUUGGACUUAGCGCCAUGUAAAAUCUGCGCUAGC